UUCUUACAAUGGCGGCGGCAGCAGCACGGUUACUCCUGAGGAGCGUAAGCUCUAAAGACCCUGUCACCAAUAUUCAUGCAAGUUUGCACAAUAGUUUUGGAGUAACACUACUCAAACUCUUCCCGAGCUGCACAUUUAAGCCGAAAACGCAAAAAAGACAUGCCGCGCACUUCACCUUUCAUCCUGACCCCGUCCCAACUAAAUAUGGCUCCACCAUGAAGAUGAACUUAUUCCAGUCUGUUACCAGUGCUUUGGACAACACCCUUUCAAGUGACCCCACAGCAGUAAUUUUUGGGGAAGACGUGGCUUUUGGUGGAGUGUUUCGUUGCACAGUUGGACUUAGGGACAAAUAUGGCAAAGAUCGCGUCUUCAAUACUCCGCUGUGCGAGCAAGGCAUAGUAGGAUUUGGAAUAGGUGCAGCAGUUGGAGGAGCAACUGCCAUUGCAGAAAUUCAGUUUGCCGACUACAUCUUUCCAGCUUUCGAUCAGAUUGUAAAUGAAGCCGCAAAGUACCGGUACCGCUCGGGUAACCUUUAUGACUGUGGGAACCUGACCAUCCGAGCACCAUGGGGCUGUGUGGGCCAUGGCUCCCUCUACCACUCGCAGAGUCCUGAAGCCUUCUUUGCCCACUGCCCUGGCAUUAAGGUGGUCGUGCCUCGAGGUCCUAUUCAAGCUAAGGGACUUCUCUUGUCCUGCAUCGCCGAUAGGAACCCCUGCAUCUUCUUUGAACCCAAGAUUCUCUACAGAGCAGCAGUGGAGCAGGUCCCUACUGAACCGUACCUCAUCCCCCUUUCCCAGGCUGAGGUUCUGCAGGAGGGAAGUGAUCUCACCGUGGUCGCUUGGGGCACACAGGUCCAUGUAAUGAGGGAGGUUGCUGCUAUGGCACAGGAGAAGCUUGGUGUCUCUUGUGAGGUCAUCGACUUGCAAACCAUUUUGCCCUGGGACAUAGAGACUGUGUGCAAGUCGGUGGUGAAGACAGGCCGCCUACUGAUAAGCCAUGAGGCACCAGUGACAGGAGGCUUUGCUGCAGAGAUCAGCUCCACUGUACAGGAGGAAUGUUUCUUAAACCUGGAAGCACCCAUCACCAGAGUUUGUGGAUAUGACACACCUUUCCCUCACAUUUUCGAACCCUUCUACAUCCCAGACAAAUGGAAAUGUUUUGAUGCUGUAAAACGAAUGAUUAACUACUAAUGCUCAGACUUUUAAGACAUUUCAACAUGGAACUCUUUCUCUACUGCUUUUUCGUCUCCAGAAUCUGGACAUGAUGAAUUCAUCGCAGAGUUGGUUGCUUCCCUUGUUCACUGGUAGACUGUUACUUGUGGGGUUCGUGAAUGCAGUUGACUGACUCUUAUACUAUGAAUGAACAUUAACUUGUAGAUCUCCAGUGGGUGCCCUUUCAUUGUCAUUGGUGGUGUUUUCCCCUUUUUUUGAUGUUAAGAAUGUGACCCUCUCACAUUUUAUAAAGCUGAUAUAUGAAAUUAUACAAUUACUGGUUUUUACGAAGGAAAUUAAAGGAAUUCUGCUGAUGUGACUCCACCGAUUCUUCUCUGACUGCCCCUGGUGAUGUGCAAGGCAUAAACAAGGCAUUUAACCAGUAUACACAAACUGUGCUACUCAGUUAUUUAUAAUUUGUCUUGUUCGCAUCAUAGACACUGUAAGGUAUGACCAAAAUGGAAGCUGCUUCAUGAGUUCCCUAUUUCCCUGCAGAAAGCUUAUUCCUUUCCUAUUAUUAGAUAUGUUUGUUUAUAAUCAAAAAUGUGUUAACAAAUAUAAAAAGAUUAUGAUGGUUGUAUGUUUUUUUUUUUUGGGUGGCGAGAGCAGACUUGAUUUAUACAUACUGGGUGGAGACUGAUCGGAUAUGAAAAUGCAACUUUAUAAUAAGAUAAUAGUUAAGCUCUUUAGGAUUGAUGUUCAAGUCCAUUGCACAUAUUCAAAAGGUAAGCUGUUCGAUAAAGGCAUCUGAAAUGGUUAAGAGAAAAUAAUCAUUGCCAUCUGCGAAUUAGCAUAACAAUACUUAUAUGUUAUUUUCAAGGUACACAAAACAGUUAUGCAGUGUAUGUUCCCCAUUUUAAGACUGUCAUUGAGAAUCUUGGAGUAUUUCUUGACCUCUUUUGUGUGAUGUCCAACUUGCUCUUAAGUGGCAAAUAUAAUGGGAAUGAAUAUAAUGUUCAUUAAUAACAGAACUGUAAUACUCAAUUGGUCCAUAGUACUAACUUAAAUUUGCAUCAGCAACUGAAGGUUCAUCUAUAAUGCACUUGUAAAACAAUAAGUAUGUGUUAAGAAAGUUGAUCUGUGGACUAACUGCUGUUUGAUCUUUGUGCUUAGAGAACAUUGCCCUACUGGCCAGUUCGUUUGGGCUGUGCCAUUUACGUGGCACUACAGAUGUAUUGCCAUGUAUAUUUUGACGUCUUCUGUAAGGCAAAUCCAUUUUUACUCAGUCUCGCACAUCCUUGUGUGGAAUAUGUAGAACUUCCAUCAUACAUUUCUACGAGGUGGGCUUCUGUGUUGUAACGUAAGUAGACAUGUAUGUGACACCUUCCCUUGCCACUAUAAAACUGCAUGUGAUGCAGGGACAGUGUAAUAUAUUUGAUGUCAGGGAUCAAAUCGCACUUCAUGUAUAAGGUAUUGUGUGGUCAUGUCUAUGGUGUGUAAACUUAUGUACAGUUUUAGGUCUGUACAGGUUUUUCUAUUUAUGCUGCUGGCCUGCACUUACAAAAAGCAUUUGCAUAGAAAGAAGAAUUUAAAAUGCUACUUUGUUCAUGAUUGUCCUGACGUGAAUACACACAUCUUUGAUGUAUGUAGUAUGGUCUCGUGCAUGCUCAGAAUCUUCCCCAUUUUGUCAUGUAUCUUUUUUUGUUUUUUUUUGUUUUUUGUUUUGUUUUGGUUUUUUUUCAGUGGGAGGUUGUGGCUUUGAAAUUAAACUCAGAAAGCAAAUAAAGAAACUAACCCCCACCACAUAAGGAGAUAAACUGAGACAAAGCCACUAAUCACAAAGUAUCUACUAACAUCAUAAAAACAUCUGAGAAGGUUCUCUGUGCUCUUAAGCCUUUUGACCGCAAAUUAUGGACAAAAUACAUAGAUAAAAUAGUAUCUGUCAUUUUGGUUGAAGGGAAAAUGGCCCAGACCACAGUGGCAGCAAAGGGCCCUCCCUUCAGCGAGCUAGAGGAGAUGACCUCUGGUUAAGAUGGUGUUAUAACACUUUUCAAGCAGACAUGGUGCUGUUAGAUGUGUGAUUGGUUGAGAGAGUUCGCGUAUAUGUUCAUAUGUAUAUUAUAAAUAUUUUCAAUUUGUUAAAAAAGACUACUUGGUACUUAAUGUAUUUGCUGAUUGUGGGAGAAUUUUGGUUUUAAAGGAUUACUGUAUCAAAAUUUAGAUUAUUAAUGAUUUUAAAGAAUUAAAGCUUGAGUCCGCAAGACUUGCAAGUUCACAGAGCAUCAUAGAAGUUUGCAAAUUUACCAUUUAUGCUACAAAUGUAAUUACUUUAUAAUGCUCAUUCAUCAAGUGGUUUCUUUUAUAUGGGUAGGUUAUAUACAGGGCCACUACAGAAUUCAUGAUUGAUAUUGGUUCAUACCCAUAAACUGUAAAUCACUUUACUCUAAUGGAAUACAGAUGUUUUAAUGGAUUUCAGAAAUCCAGCUGUUAGUGGAUUUACAUGUUUAGGUUUGGCCCGCAUGACACACACUAUUUCGCAAUGUGUUUCCUACUAGUAAGUGCAUAUGGUGGAAACCAUGAUUUAUUUUAUCAUUUUUAGAUUCAUACAAGAAAUCUGAAUGAAUCAUGUCUUGGAAUUCCUGUCCUUAAAUGUCCUUUUUUUAAAAAAAAAAGUGCAGAAUCUGUUAUAAACACAAUUCAUAGCCUUUGUUUGUGCUUUCCUUAGUAGAUAUUUGUUAUUAACCUUGUAUUAACCUAGUGUGACCCAACAAUAAACCUAGAGGAACUAGUUAUUUUAGAUACUGUAGUAUAGGAUGGAUGCACCGGAGCUGCUGGGGCUUCUGGCGAAUUUAGACUUCAUUUUGGAGCUUCGUUUCCUCACUGUGCCGUCUCAGCCUUUAAACCCUCCCCUGGGGCUUCCUCUCACAGCUCCUCUUGCUUCCACAUAGAAACCCUGCACUCUGUGGUCCAAAAAGAAUAAUGAUGGGAAAUUGGUCCAAUGUUUUGUCAUGUUUUCUGACUUGUGGGUGAGAGAGGUUUGUACUACAGAACUGAGGAAAUUAUUCUGAAUUUACCAAAACAUUGCAUAACCGAUUCAGAAAGUUAAAUUAAAAAGUGCUAAAUAAAUUCA